GUGAACUCAACCACCCUCGUUGGCGGCGUCGACGGCUCCGUGGUGUGUCACGGUCGGAGUUGAGGUCGAGAUGCCCCAGUGUAAGUCCAAUGAUAGAUAGCCCCUGAUAUAUGAAGGGGCUCGUAUCCGCAGACAGACCUGAGUGAAUUCAACACCGAGCAAUCUACUUCCUUGAUACCCAUUACCUGCUUUACGGUCGCUCGGAUCGUCUCCUUUACUUCAUCCACACAAUGACUUCACUACUGAACUACUUCGGGGUGGGCAGCUCCAAGGCCCCCCAAGAGACCAAAAACGCGACAAGAGCCCUCCCUGCCUCUUGGUACACAUCCCAGGAGAUGUUCGAGCUCGAGCGCCGCGCCAUCUUCUCCCGCAAGUGGCUCUUGACCACCCACCGGCUCCGUCUCCUCAACCCCGGCGACUGGUUGAAAUAUGAAAUCGGCGGAUUCGAGUUCAUCCUCGUCAAGGACCGCCAGGGCCAGAUUAAUGCCUUUCACAACAUUUGCCGUCACCGGGCCUUCCCCGUGGUUACCGAGGACGGUGGCUCCGCCCGCAUCUUCGCCUGCAAGUACCACGGCUGGUCCUACGGACUCAACGGCAAGCUCGCCAAAGCCCCUGGGUACCAGGACCUGGAUGGGUUUGAGAAGAGCAAGAACGGGCUGCUGCCGAUCCACGUGCAUGUGGACCACAAUGGCUUUAUCUGGGUGAAUAUGGAUGCCAAGGAGCAGCCGGAGGUGGCCUGGAAUGACGACUUCCAGGAUAUCGACCGCCAGCCGCGCAUGAAGGACAUCAACUGGGACGACUACUCCUUCGACCAUGCCUGGGAGAUGGAGGGCGAGUACAACUGGAAGAUUCUGGCGGACAACUACAACGAGUGCUACCACUGUCUGACGACGCACCCAGAUCUCCCCUCCAUUGCGGAUCUCCACAGCUACUCGGUCGACACCAAGGAUGGCAGCAUUAUUCACGACGCGAAGAACACCCCGGAGCAGAUUGAGAAGGGGCUGAAGAUUGCCAGCACCUACUACUUUCCCAACGCGUCGAUGAAUGUCUCACCCAACUUCUUCUUCAUGCAACGUUUCGUCCCCCUCGCUCCGGGCAGAUCCAUCAUGAAGUAUGAGGUCUACCGCAACAAGCACGCGACCGACGAGGACUUCAACACUGUCAACGCCAUGUACAAACGCGUCAUGUCCGAGGACAAGUAUCUGUGCACGCUGGCCCAGAAAAACCUCAACGCAGGGGUCUUCGUCAACGGCGAGCUGCACCCCGAGAAGGAAAAGGGCCCCCUGUACUUCCAGAAGACGGUGCGGGAGCUGGUGCUGCAGCACGCCGAACGCGAAGAAAAAGCCGGACAGGAGAUCUGGCCCGCCCGACAGAGUUUGCCCAAGGAGGCCUCGGUGAGCGCGAAGGAUAUGGACUUUUGCUCGAGUCUAAGCUGUAAUACGAGUGGUGGCGAGUGCUGCUCGUCGCUGGGAAAGACUCGACCGGCGGCGGUUGCUUGGUAGAUUUCAUUGUUCUUUCUUACGUCAUUUUGUGCAUGAUUAGCUAGCUAAGUUUUGCUAUUUUUAUUCUUUUGUUUG